UGCAGCUCGCGGCUUUUGUCAUUUAAUUCAUACGUACAUACAAAGAUACAUCAAUUGUGAAAAUGCCUUUGAAAAUUCGCAACGUUCUAGUGUGUGAUGCUGUCGAUAAUGCGUGUGUUGAACUCUUGAAAAAACACGGCAUUAAUGUUGUUUACAAAUUAAAAAUACCACUUGAUGAACUGACAAAGGAAGUAAAGAACUUUGAUGCUGUCAUUGUACGUUCGGAUACAAAAAUAACUGCCGAAGUACUCGCUGCGGGUGCUGGAAGUCUCAAGGUAGUGGGUCGCGCAGGCGCAGGAGUGGACAACAUCGACAUAGCUGCAGCGACAAAACACAAUGUCGUCGUUUUAAACACUCCUGGCGGAAAUUCCAUAUCAGCUUGUGAGUUAACGUGUAUCCUUAUUGGAACUCUGGCCCGUUUCGUUGCGCCGGCAACUCAGAGCAUGAAAGAAGGGCGCUGGGACAGAAAGCUAUACAGUGGCAGCGAGCUUUACGGAAAGACUUUGGCCAUACUGGGCUUGGGUCGAAUUGGACGCGAGGUGGCUAUACGUAUGACGGCAUGGGGCAUGCGGAUUAUCGGCUAUGAUCCUAUCACUACGGCGGCCGAGGCCAAGGCCGCAGGCAUUGAGAUGCUCCCUUUGGAAGAAAUAUGGCCAUUGGCUGAUUAUAUAACUGUACAUACCCCGCUAAUACCAGCGACCAGAAAUCUCAUAUCUACCGAGACGUUGGCGAAGUGUAAACAGGGCGUAAGAGUCAUAAAUGUUGCACGGGGUGGUAUUAUAGACGAAAAGGCUCUGCUUGAGGCCCUUCAGAGCGGAAAAUGUGCAGGUGCUGCUAUUGAUGUCUACAUUGAAGAGCCUCCGAAGUCUGAAGUUACCAAGGCGCUUGUCAACCAUCCGAAGGUCGUGGCAACCCCCCAUUUGGGUGCCAGCACAUCCGAAGCUCAGGUCCGUGUUGCCGUUGAAGUGGCCGAACAAUUUAUCGCACUCAAUGGCACAUCGACCGAAUAUACAAGCUACAAUGGCGUUAUCAACAAAGAGAUUCUCUCAUAUUAUCAGUGAAAUUAUCAAAUAAAUUUCGUUUUUUAUAGCCUGUACCCAAAGGGUGAAGGGCUAUACUAGUUUUAUAACUAAUCAUUUGUAAUUGAAGAAAUAAAUAAAAAGAAAACAUGUUUUUUCAUCGA